AUGCUGCUGCUGCUGCUGCUGCCGCCGCCGGCUUCGUCGCCCCGUCACUCGGGCCACAGCCAAUUCGCCCCCCAGCUCUUUGAUCACAUUAAUGCCCUCAAGCACCUCGAUGACCAGCAGAUAUUGCAGCUCCUGUCGGUUGCGCGCAAUGGAGGCCGUUCCGACAGAUCGUCCAUGUCGACCGUUGGAAGCCGUGCGUCUUCGUAUCUGAGCGUACCCUCUAGCAGAGUCCCCAGCAUGCUCUCGGAUCCACGCCUAUCCAUCGCAUCCACCGACUCGUCUUUUACCCACUAUAGCGGCGCCUCUUCGCGCCUGUCGACCGCCUCCUCUCGCCUUUCGACCAUCUCCACCACCUCGACCCCCGCCCCCAAGAACUUUGCCUGCACCUUCUGCGACAAGGCGCUCAAGUCCAAGCCCUACUGGAAGUCCCACGAAGAGGAGUUUCACGAGCAGAGACUCACAUGGCGCUGCCCGGAUUGCGAGCAAAUCUUCCACGCCGGAAAGCGUUUCCGCGAGCACCACACCAAGUUGCAUGGCUGUGAGCAUUGCAAGCAACCGAGAGAGAGUGGCCAGCCAACGAGCAGAAAAGCGUCGCCAUGCGUCAAAAAGUAUGAAAUCGUUAUGCACGACAAGGACGCUUGGGGAUGUGGCUUCUGCGCUGCUCUUCUCACCACCUGGGAAGAGCGAUGCGAGCACAUUGCGCUGCAUUUCGAAGAGAAGGGAUCCUCCAAAUGGAACUUUACGAAUGUGGUCCUGGGUCUGCUCAAGCAGCCAGAGGUGUCCAACGCAUGGAACCAGAUGAUGACGGAUCGCUAUGGAGACGAACAGAAUUGGCCCUCAUUGUCAUGGGAGUCCAAGAAGUGCAACCGCUUGCGAUACAAGCUCGAAACCAAAUGGGAUACCCGCGUAUUCGACGUGGAGAAGUUGGUGCAGGACACCUUCGAUUUGGCCGAGAUUGACGCCAAAGACAACGAAUCAUCCAACGAAGGCACUCCAGACAUCUCGGAGCCCAACGACAACAGCCAGGGCGAAAUGGUUGAAUUCAAGCUGGAGGCUUCAGAUUUGGGCUCCGACUUUGGAACCGGCACCAAGCUCGAGAGUUCACAUGGACUUGGCCAAGAGCAUAUGAUGAUGGACAUUGACCCAGUAGAGCCCGCGCAGCCGAUGCAACAUCAAGAAAUGCAGCAAUCACAGUGGCCUGUUAGUACCGACAUGUCUCACAACAGUAUGAGCACCGCGACUGGCAUGGAUGGUUUCAAUGCAUUCGACACUAGCAUGACGUCGAUGCCAACCGACUUUUCCCAGCCCAUGGCCCAGAGUUUCCAGGCACAACCACAAGGCUGGCCGAAUCCCGGCUUUUCGUCGACGCCCGACCUUCUCACGUACCAGCAAUCAGGCGCAUACAUGGACUUUCAGCAGCCCAAGGAGAUUGUUUCUGUGCCAACUUCGCAGUACUCCAACUUUGCACACUAUCCACGGCAAAGCCUCCCGCCAAACUUUCUGCAGCAGCAACAGCAACAGCAGCAAUCGCCUAGUACGCCGCCAUCAUCGCGCCGUUAUGUUCCACGCUUGAUCAACAUCUCCAACAACUCGAGCCACCGAGGUGUCCAGAUGGACCAGCCACCCCCACCACCACCCAAGGAUGAACACCAAAACCGUUUCUCGCGGCUGAUUAUGAGGCGCCGUCCAAGCAACAUUUCGCAACAUACCAUGGCAUCCCAAUCCCAACGCGAUAUGGGCGGGACAUGGGGUGAUGAACUCAACUGGGGUUAACCCUAGGAUAUCAUGCCAGUAUGCUUGUACAAGACUUUUUCUCGUCAGACUUGCCAGACCGGCUGGCCCGGCACCUGCACACAGCCCACCUCUAGAAACAGCAAAACCGACAAAAACCACAUACAUCACCGCAAACAAGGUGACUCCGAACCUCGCCCCGACAAUAUCGCAGCGAGCUACACGUCCCCACAACGGAGCAAACCCCGACCCUGCGACUUUACACCCCCUUUUUUCUUCCUUACGUACACCACAGCGCAAUCACGUCUG